AAGCGUCGUGGUGGGGAGGCCAUAUAUGCCGCCCGCCGUCGCGCCGCGCCUCACUCACGUUGCGAAUCGUUACACUGAAGACUUCUUCAUUUCUUACGACCGUCAAGUCGUCCACGCUUUUUACUACUUAUUAUCAGACUGAACAUUAGCAGCUAAAAUGGACAAGAAAGCACCUGCAGUUGGUAUUGAUCUUGGCACGACCUAUUCUUGUGUCGGAGUGUUCCAGCAUGGAAAGGUCGAAAUUAUCGCUAACGACCAGGGUAAUCGCACUACCCCUAGUUACGUGGCCUUCACAGACACUGAGCGUCUUAUCGGUGAUGCCGCCAAGAACCAGGUCGCGAUGAAUCCCAACAACACCAUCUUUGAUGCCAAGCGUCUCAUUGGACGUCGCUUUGAGGAUACCACUGUCCAGGCUGACAUGAAACAUUGGCCGUUUGAAGUCAUCAGUGAUGGUGGCAAGCCGAAAAUCCGUGUACAGUACAAAGGAGAAUCGAAGACUUUCUUCCCAGAAGAGGUGAGCUCGAUGGUGUUGGUGAAGAUGAAGGAAACCGCUGAGGCCUACCUCGGUAUGACUGUCAGCAACGCUGUCAUCACUGUGCCCGCCUACUUCAACGACUCACAGCGUCAGGCAACCAAGGACGCUGGUACCAUCUCGGGCUUGAAUGUGUUGCGUAUUAUCAACGAGCCCACUGCAGCCGCCAUCGCCUAUGGUCUCGACAAGAAGGCCACCGGCGAGCGCAACGUCCUUAUUUUCGAUCUGGGCGGUGGCACCUUCGACGUGUCGAUUCUGACCAUCGAGGACGGCAUCUUCGAAGUCAAGUCUACGGCUGGUGACACUCACUUGGGUGGUGAGGACUUUGACAACCGCAUGGUUAAUCACUUCGUGCAAGAGUUCAAGCGUAAAUACAAAAAGGACUCACCGCCAAUAAGCGUGCCCUACGUCGUCUGCGCACAGCCUGUGAGCGUGCGAAGCGCACUCUCUCAUCGUCCACAGGCUAGCAUCGAGAUCGACUCAUUGUACGAGGGCAUCGACUUCUAUACCUCCAUCACCAGAGCUCGAUUCGAAGAGCUAUGCGCUGAUCUCUUCCGUGGCACUCUUGAACCGGUCGAAAAGUCUCUCCGCGAUGCUAAGAUGGACAAGGCCCAGAUCCACGACAUCGUCCUCGUCGGUGGUUCUACUAGAAUCCCUAAGAUCCAAAAGCUCUUGCAAGACUUCUUCAAUGGCAAAGAGCUUAAUAAGUCCAUCAACCCCGACGAGGCUGUCGCCUACGGAGCAGCCGUUCAGGCCGCUAUCCUCCAUGGCGACAAAUCCGAGGAAGUGCAGGACUUGCUGCUUCUCGAUGUCACCCCGCUGUCCUUGGGUAUUGAGACUGCUGGCGGUGUUAUGACCGCACUCAUCAAGAGGAACACCACCAUCCCCACCAAGCAGACCCAGACCUUCACCACUUACGCCGAUAACCAGCCCGGCGUACUGAUCCAAGUCUACGAGGGUGAGCGUGCCAUGACCAAGGACAAUAACCUCCUCGGCAAAUUCGAGCUAAGUGGCAUUCUACCUGCGCCGCGCGGUGUGCCCCAGAUUGAGGUCACUUUCGACAUUGACGCCAACGGCAUUCUCAACGUCUCAGCCAUUGACAAGUCUACCGGAAAGGAGAACAAAAUCACUAUUACUAAUGACAAGGGACGCUUAAGCAAAGAAGAUAUUGAACGCAUGGUCAACGAGGCUGAGAAAUAUAGAAGCGAAGACGAGAAGCAAAAGGAGACCAUCUCUGCCAAAAACGGCCUGGAGUCCUACUGCUUCAACAUGAAAAGUGCCGUCGAAGACGAGAAGAUCAAGGAUAAGCUUAGCGCCAGCGACAAACAAAUCGUCCUCGACAAGUGCAACGAGAUCAUCAAGUGGCUCGAUGCCAACCAGCUCGCCGACAAGGAAGAGUAUGAACACAAGCAAAAGGAGCUUGAAUCCAUCUGCAAUCCCAUUGUCACCAAGAUGUAUCAAGGUGUUGGUGGCGCAGCUGGCAUGCCUGGCGGUAUGCCUGGCUUCCCUGGUGCUGCUGGAGCGCCCGGAGCUGGUGGCGCUGCGCCGGGUGGUGGACCCGCUGGUGGUCCCACUAUUGAAGAGGUCGACUAAGCUGUUUGAUACAUCUUCAACGACUGCACUUCUUCGUUCUGAAGAGAAAGUCGCCAUGCCGUACAGAGAGAAGAAUGGAAAAUAAAAAUUUAGAAUGUUGUUUGUAACGAAGCAUUUUCUUGUUUCUAAUCCUAAGCGUUUGUAAUAAAGUUAAGACUUUACACGCAAUCAAUAUUCCUGAGAAGUAGGUUUAAUGAAUAAUGUUCUACGUUUUUAUUUUGUCUUUAUUUCUUUCUUUUUUUCUAUAAUACAAAUAAAACAUGUAAUAGUACAAUUUUAAACAGCUAAUUCCAACUUUAUAUUCCAAAUAAAACCACCAAAUUUCUUUUCAA